AUGUCUGCGAAAGUAACGACGUACAUUUGCCGAAAACACGACAUUCUGUUUUGGAAAAACCUGACGAAUAAGUACAUCAAUUAUUCAACGAAAAUUCAAACACACCUAUGGACGAAUCAGUUGUACGUAAUUGAUUUGGCUUGCAACCAUUCUAUGGAGAUUCUAAAACAGGCACAAGACUUCGGGAUGUUUAAAUUUCCACUGAAAUGGUUAAUCCACGGGGACACAAUUCAUUUAUCGGAGUUUUAUUUUGGAGUAGACAGUCAAGUUUUCGUUGUAGAACCACAGGAUUCUGACAGAGUCGCACUUGUUUAUAAAUAUUCUUCGGAAGACAAAUUUGUGAAACGCUACUUGGAUAACUUUGGUCAGUUUUCUUUCGCUGAAAGAACUAAUCUGAUGGGACAUAGUUUUACUUUGUCUUGCGUUAUCACAAACCCGGAUUCGUUGAACCAUUUGGGGGACUACAGAGACACUCAUAUUGACGCCAUCACCAAACUUAAUUACGUUCUUGUGAACGUGUUAAUGGAUUAUUUGAAUGCUAGCAGGAAAUUUGUGAUGCGACAGACGUGGGGUUAUAAAAAUGCCUCGACGGGAAUAUAUUCUGGAAUGGUGGGUGAUUUGCAAACCCACAUUGCCGAUCUAGGAGGUACGGCUUUAUUCUUUACAUACGAACGUGUAGAUAUUAUUGAUUACUUAGCAGCUACGACUCCCUCUCACAUGAAAUUUAUCUUCAGAGCACCUCCUCUGUCAUACGUUACGAAUGUUUUCGCACUUUCGUUUAGUUCUUCGGUGUGGCAUUGCUGUUUCGCAAUGGUUGCAGUCGUUGUUGUAUUUAUCUACAUCAUUGUCAAAUGGGAAUGGAAACAAACAAAAUUUAGAAACAAAGUCGUACAAAAUGUUGCUUUGCGUCCCAAAUUUUUCGACGUGAUAAUGAUGGAAAUUGGGGCAAUUACGCAACAAGGUAGCGACGUGGAGCCUCAAAGUAACACCGGAAGAAUAAUCACGAUUUUCACUUUCAUCGCUUUUAUGUUCCUCUACACUUCUUAUUCUGCAAACAUAGUGGCGUUGUUGCAAUCCACCACAAACAGUAUUCAAACUCUGGAGGAUUUAUUACAAUCGAGGAUCAAACUCGGGGUCGAAGAUAUCGUUUACGCUCACUACUACUUCGAAAAUGACCAAGAGCCUGUGAGGAAGGCAAUUUACGAGCAAAAAGUGGCUCCGAAAGGUCAGAAAGCCAAUUUUUUUAAAGCAGAGGAAGGUAUUAGAAGGGUCCAAGAAGGAUUUUUUGCCUUCCACAUCGAACUAAAUACGGGGUAUAAAAUAAUCAGCAAUUUGUUUCAAGAAGGGGAGAAGUGCGGCCUCAAGGAAAUCGAAUAUGUAAAUUUUAUUGAACCGUGGGUCGCUACUCAGAAACGAUCGCCGUACAAAGAGAUCAUGAAGAUCGGGUUCAAACGCAUGCACGAAUACGGAAUCCAGAAGCGAGAAGUCCGGAAGGUGUAUACCCGGAAACCGCAAUGUCAAUCCGGUGGAAGCAACUUCGGCAGCGUCGGACUCAUCGACUGCUACUCCGCUUUUCUAGUAUUUGGAUCCGGGCUAGCGUUAGCCCUCCUCCUUUUAUGCUCAGAAAUAAUAGUUAAAAAAUUUUCCACUCGAUUAUCAAAUUAAU